AUGGGCAGCAAUCUAAGUUACUUAUUAUGGGGUGGUAACCCAGACGAAGUUAACCCCACGUCAGGACUCACCAAACGAGAAAUCCGAGCCGUCCAGAAGUCUUGGGCUCCAGUAUACGCCAACCAAUUGGCUACAGGCACUGAAUUGUUAAAAAGAUUAUUUCGCGCGCACCCACAGACCCUAGACUUCUUCAAAAUGAUAAAGAAACUACCCGAAGAUGAAUAUAUCACGAACAUACAAUUUAAGGCUCACGUUAUCAACCUAAUGUCUGCAUUAAACCAGGCUGUUGUCAAUCUCCAUCAGCCAGAAGUCGUGGCUGUAAUGAUGCACAAACUUGGCGAGUCUCAUGGACGACGUAAAAUUCAAGAAUCGCAUUUCCAUGAUUUAAAGGGUGUCAUAGUAAACAUGUUCAUCGAAGUGUUACAUCUUGACGACGCCACUCUCGGGGCUUGGGGGAAAACUGUGGAGUUUUGGUACAAAAACAUCUUUCAGGCUUUAACGCCUAACCAGAGUACGUAG